AAAAAAAUAUAUAUAUAUGUAUGAUUAAUCGUUAUUUUUUUCUACAUUCUGCGUUUUAUCUAUUUUAACGGCGCCGAUUAUUGUUGACCGUGUUGUCUAUAAUGGUGUGCUGUUCACAAUAACGCUCUUUGUACUCGCCUGCUUUUGUUUACCAGCCCCCCUGGCGUGUCGUCCCGAUUUCCUCCUCCGUUCAAAACGUCACCGCUUGAAUCGCUUCGAGUGCAUUUCGUUACGGUCGACCGUCGACCAGUACCAGUCCAUUCUGUAGCUGUCACUGUACGUCUGUUUCCGCGUCCGUCGGCCAUUACUAACGCGCAUAUAUCAAGAUGAGUAUUAAAUUGUUUGCAAUCUGUGUGACAACUGUCCUCUGUGUAGGAUAUGUUGCUGGUGAAUAUUGUUACAAUGAUGUUAUUGGCGCUUGCAGCCCAGUUGGAGGAGAAGUCCAAAACUGUAAUUCAAGAUAUGGAGCUUUUAAGGGUGAUGAACUAUUGGUAAAUGUACAAAGCUAUGCCAACACACAUAUUUUGCGUAGUUUUCAAUUCUUGCUAAUGUCUUCUCACUUUGGUAAUUUUGAAAAGAACCGUGGUGGUUUUGAAAAACUUUACAGACAAUUGUCUGAUAAAACAUGGGAACAAGCAAUUGAUCUUGUUAAGUUUAUUGGUAAACGAGGAGGACACAUGAACUUCCGCUUACGCAAAGAUGAGAAGAAUGAAAAACAAAUUGAUUUUGAAAUGUAUGAAUUGGGAAGUAUGGCAAGAGCUUUGGAUAUGCAAAAAGGUUUAGCUGAAGAGGCUCAUUUCAUUCAUGCUGAAGUCACACGCAGAAAAGAACAUGAUCCUGAGGUCGCAUCAUACUUGGAGAAUAACUUCGUACAUCAACAUUCUGAAAUCAUAAGACAAUUGUCUGGUCACACCAAUGAUUUGAAGCAUUUGAUUGCCAAUCAACCUGAUCCAAGCUUGUCUCUUUAUCUCUUUGAUGAAUACUUACAAAAAUCUUUAUAAAAUAAUUACAUGACUAUGUUACGUAUGCCAUUUAUUAUUCAACAAAACUUUAUCAUUAUACWUUUAAUCCCAAUAUUGUUUAGAACAAAACAAAGCAAAUAAAAUAUAAUUCUAGUAAUUAAGGAAAGUA